UGCUCUCCCUCAAUUAGUGCUUCAUCAACCAAUGGACUUUUUCACAUAAAAAUUCCAUAACCCCUCAUUUUUUUGCCUUUUCUUCCUCUUUGUUCUUCCUAUCUAAGGAAGGCAACAAUAUCAUGGGAAGGAGGACUCCGUCGGGAAAUUCUUCAUCGGAGUCAGACCUCGAGAUCAAAGUUCAACCUCGAAAUAGUGGCCCAAAUCUCGAGGAUCGCGACAGAUGCUUACAUUCCCGCCCUCCGGUCCCACCACCUAAUUACCAGCCUUAUACAAAAUGGUUCCCAUGGCUAGUCCCUAUUGUUAUUAUAGCAAAUGUUGCACUUUUUAUCAUUGUUAUGUACGUUAACGAUUGUCCUCGUAAUAGUCACAAUUGUUUCGGAACCGAUAUCUUUGGUCGUUUUGCAUUUCAAGAUGUUCAUGAGAACCCUUUACUUGGUCCCUCCACAACAACGUUACAAAAAUUGGGUGCUCUUGACGUGAACAAAGUGGUUGAAGGUCGUCAAUUAUGGAGACUAUUUUCUUGCAUGUGGUUACAUGCUGGUGUGUUCCAUGUUGCUGCCAAUAUGUUGAGCUUGUUAUUUGUGGGCAUUCGGCUUGAGCAAGAGUUUGGAUUUUUGAGAAUUGGUCCGCUUUAUGUUUUGGCUGGGGUUGGAGGGAGUCUUUUAUCAGCUCUAUUUGUGAGGAAGAAAAUCUCUGUUGGUGCUUCUGGGGCAUUGUUUGGUUUACUUGGAGCAAUGCUUUCUGAACUCAUCACAAAUUGGACAUUAUAUGAAAACAAGUUGGCAACACUGCUUACACUGCUUCUCAUAAUUGCCAUAAACCUAGCUGUUGGAAUUCUUCCUCAUGUGGACAAUUUCGCACAUCUUGGAGGAUUUGUAACUGGAUUUCUUCUUGGUUGUCUCCUUUUGCUUCGACCACAAUUUGGAUGGGUGAAUCUAAAGAAAGCACCUCCUGGUUAUUUUGUGGCAUCAAAAAAGUCCAAGUACAAGAUUUAUCAGUACAUACUAUUGAUUGUGUCAUUAGCACUUUUGUUAACUGGGUUUAUCCUUGGCCUAGCUCUAUUAACAAAUGGAUGGGAUGGUAAUGCACAUUGCUCAUGGUGUCAUUACUUAAGUUGUAUCCCAACCCCUCUAUGGAGUUGUACUGAAGCACGUUGUGCGACAACCCAACUUGGGAGUCAAUUGAACAUGACGUGCACAUCGAAUCAUAAAAAUGGGACUUAUAUUUUGGCAAAUCCCAACAACACUUUAGAAAUUCAAAUGCUAUGUUCCAAACUUUGCAGAUGAAGAAAUUCAUUGUUGGGAAAUUAUUAUUUGUGGUGAAGGUAUCAAGCAACACUUUUUGGCUGUUCAUUGCCAAGGACACUAAUUUUAAUUGGAGACUGCAAAAGAUUAUGUGAAUCAACCUUCAUUUAAACAAGUUUAUUAAUAUAUAAGUAUUAACAAUGAAUUUUUUUUGUUUCUUCUUCUUUCUCCUCUUCUUUUCUUUCAGGGUUAUCUGUAUAUUUGUACCAAAUGUUGCUUUUACCAGUGUACACCACCAUAUAUAAAUCCUUUUAUUGCCGAAAUUUUCUUUUGGAUCAGUUGUAUUUGUACAACAAUGACUCUUCUCUUCUUUUUUCAAUGUAA